AUGCCAAUGGAGUGGGACAGAAAAAGGAAGAACAACGUGCACCGGGGUUUACAUACUUCCGGUAAGUCGAUUCCCGAGCCCGACUGAUUGAAAGUGAAAGUUGAUGUCUUCUGGUGUCCAAGAAUUAUAAACAAAAUAUGGGGAGCCCGGGCCCUAUUAAUUGAUCGGAAAACAGACGACUGUAGACUCUACCUGUACACGGCCUGGCAAGCUGUCAAGUGAAAACUCAUUGUCUUCAGCCAGUGCUAUACAGACAUUUAAAGCACCUGACUGGUAGAUAAACAUAGAGGAGCAGACCUUGGGGAGAGAGUUAAUUCUGACAACCGGAGUUAUACCCUUCACUCUCUGUGCAAGUAUUGACCAUGCCUCUUAUGGUAGAAGGAAAACACAUGGGGGUGCCCCCUGCAUCCAUGGGUGAAUUCAUGGAACGCUUCCCCCACUACAAGGAAAAUUCCCAGAAGUACCUGGAGCAGAAAUGUCGGUCCAUCGUUCCCAUUGGACUGCUGUAUGUAGGUCAGAGAGAAAUGGCAGCCACCACCCCUGAUGAUGAGAUGAUUCAGAUGAUGGGGACAGAGGAUGCUACCACCUGCCAUAUGGCCAUUCUAAGACACACAGGAUCUGGAGCCGUCUGUCUCUGUCACUUUGAUUCCUGUGGAACUGAGACAGGCUGUAAGAAGAUGCUGGGUUUGGUGAAAGAAUUGUCAAAAGACAAACUACCAGGCAGGAUGGAGCUUCAUUUGUUCGGAGGAUUCCGUGAUGAUAAGGGGACGUCAGAGAGCCUGUCAAUCAAACUGCUGACUGCAUUCAACAAUUUACCAGAAGAGAUCCACCUACAGACUGCAUGUAUCACAGACAUCAACAACACAAAGAAAGGGUCAACCAAUUUUCCAGUAAUAUAUGGCAUAGUGAUACACCUGAACAGUGGAGAAAUCCAGAAGGCCACGUUUUUAGACAGGGGACCAGAUCAACCAAUCAGAUCAGCCCGUCAUUUUACAGGAAGUGAGGAGAUCAUCAAUAUCUAUGACCAUAAGAAGGGGGUCCUGUCCAUUGGACCCUUUAACUACAGCACCAUGGAUGAGAUCGAUCUCCUGUGUCGACUUCCUGAUCAGUUCAUAAGGGAGCAUCUGUCCACGUCACCGGAGCAGGAGCCUGCGCACUUCGAGGAUGCUGUUCGGGCCGCCUUGGUCCAAAUCCGAGACCACCCGAAACCCCUCCAGACAGUGUUCAAGGAGGGCAAACCCCGACAGUACAAACUGGAGGCUAACGGCGCGUGGACGCGAUGUAACUGAGGAGACAGAGGCGUGUCUGUGAUUGGGACAGCAAUCUGUGAUACGUUAAAUCUGUACAUGUUGACUUCACUGUGUGUCAUACUGUCUCUGAGUGGUAGAGGUUUAGUUAGCGCCACAUUUACCUGCAAAAAUGUAGAGUUCUAUCUAAACAAGAUUUUGUUUUAAUGUGAUGAAUUAAUGUAAAUUUUUGUAAAACUAUUAUAUUUAUUUAUGAUAAAGACCACGUUUAUCUUCAA